AGCGCUGAAUCCAUCCCACUGAGCCGUGAUCCCACAACCGGAGCCGCUGACUGACGUUGUAAGAGACAAGAAAACGGGUUCUAAUGGAUACUACAAGGGUCUGAAUCUGAACGAACACUGACGAUAUUGAAAUAAUCCCGUUUCUGCGUGCUGAAAAUGGAUUCAGUUGUUAGUGUGUCUGUAUGAGCGGCGGGUGAAGACGGAGGAGGGAGACACCGGGGGCUGCAGUUGUUGAAUCCUUUUUCGUCCUGACGGAUAUUUUGGAUCAAACCUCAUGUGUCUCACUCCGGGAGGGCUCUUUUUCCCAUUCAUGUGCUAACUAAAGUAUACCUCCACCAAACCCCGAACCAAGCCUGCUCUCCCGUCCACGUUGGAGGACUUUCUCCCCGCCUGGUGAAGAGCGCAUUCAAGCGAACAAAGUGGCAUUUUGGUUUUGAAGAAAUGGAGUCGGAAGAUGCGGAUUGUCAACUGCUCGACAUGGCUGUUUCUCUGUAACAUUUCAUACAUCCCUGGGAGGUUGUCUGUCUCAACCCGACGUCGACGGGUAAUUAUAUGAUAGAGAGACCAGACAGCCUUGUUUUCCUGCUGGAUUCAACCCACCCCGCAGUGGACUCCAGACAUUCCUCAACACAGGAGAAGACGACGUCUGUUAGUCCGGGAGAUCGCAUCGGCUGGCUGCCGACGGUACCGAUACUGACGGUACUAACACCGACGGUACCGAGAAGUCAACAUUUAGGAAUACAAGUCAGGGACGUGUUCAUUUUGGUCCACGUUCUUGGCCUUUAUUUGUGUGGCCUGAGAAGCGACCAUAUUGUGAGCAUUAAUUAAUUGGGGUCAUUCCCGUUGUUUGUUUCUGACGCUGGGAGGAAGUUUCUUUUACCGGAAUGAAGUCUGGCACAGAAACGGAUCCGUUGACCUUGUUCUGUGGUCUGCUGCUGUGUGUCUCCGCGACCUGCCCUCGGCCCGCACAUGGAGAAAUUUGUGGUCCCAGCAUUGACAUUGGUAACGACAUCAGUGAGUUCCGUCGCCUGGAGAACUGUACGAUCGUCGAGGGUUACCUCCAGAUUCUCCUAAUAGGAGACAAGAACUACAACCUCAACCAGGAAGUGUUCCGCUCGCUCUCCUUCCCCAAACUCACCAUGAUCACUGACUACUUGCUGCUGUUCAGAGUCUCGGGCCUGGACUCCCUGUCCACCCUGUUCCCUAACCUCACGGUGAUCCGAGGGCGAAAUCUCUUUUAUAAUUACGCCCUGGUGAUCUUUGAGAUGACUUCUCUGAAGGACAUCGGCCUCUACAGCCUCCAGAACAUCACUAGAGGAGCCAUCCGGAUCGAGAAGAACCCUGAGCUCUGCUAUCUGGACUCUAUUGACUGGUCUCUUAUCAUGGAUGCUGAGUUUAAUAACUUCAUAGCGGGGAAUAAACAGAGUAAGGAGUGUGGGGACGUGUGUCCAGGCAUCAUGGAGGACAGCCGUCGAUGCAUCAAGACCAACUUCAAUGACAACUUCAACUGUCGCUGCUGGACCUCUAACCACUGCCAGAAAGUGUGUCCUGAUAAGUGUCAUGCGUGUACAUGGGAUGGUGAGUGUUGUCAUGGCCAGUGUCUGGGUAGCUGUACGGAACCUAACACUGAUUCGUCUUGCGCUGCCUGUCUCCACUACUACCACGAGGGGCGCUGCGUUCCAGACUGCCCCCAUGAUACCUAUAAGUUUGAAGGCUGGCGCUGCGUCACCCUGGACUUCUGCUCCAGCGUCCACCUGCCUGACUUCGACCGCUUCGUCAUUCACAGAAGAGAGUGCAUGUCUGAAUGUCCUUCUGGAUUCACACGCAACAAGAGCAAGAGUAUGUUCUGCAGUGCGUGUGACGGGCUAUGUGAUAAGAUCUGUGAUGAGAAGGUCAUUGACUCCGUGACGGCCCAGUCUCUGAAGGGAUGUACCGUCGUCAAGGGCAACCUACAAAUCAACAUCCGUAGAGGACAGAACAUAGUGUCUGAGCUGGAGAGUUUCAUGGGAUUGAUCCAGACAGUGACUGGCUACGUGAGAAUCAGACACUCUCAGACGCUGGGCUCCCUGUCCUUCCUCAAGAGCCUCCGCUACAUCAAUGGAGAGGAUCUGAUGGACGACAUGUAUGCUUUCCAUGCAGUAGACAAUCAGCACCUCCAGUUCUUGUGGGAUUGGACCCAGCACAACCUGACCAUCCGGGCCGGGAAACUGUUCUUCCGAUCCAACCCUAAACUCUGCAUGUCGGAGAUCCGGAAGAUGUGGCAGAGGACGGGUAUCACAGAGAAGUUUGAGGAGGACGACUUCAGGAACAACGGAGACCGAGCAAGCUGUGAGAGUAAGAUCUUGCGGUUCAAGUCCAACAGUACGAUGUCUAACCGUAUCAAAGUGACCUGGCAGCGCUACAGACCCCCAGACUAUAGAGACCUCAUCUCAUUCAUACUAUACUACAAGGAGGCUGCGUACCAGAACAUCACAGAGUUUGACGGCCAGGACGGUUGUGGCUCCAACAGUUGGAACAUGGUGGACGUGGACCUUCCCCAGGAGAAGAAUUCUGACCCAGGGGUUCUACUGUCGCCUCUUAAGCCCUGGACCCAGUACGCCAUCUACGUCAAGGCCAUCACUCUGGUGGCAGAGGAUAGACACAUCCUGGGAGCCAAGAGUGAAGUAGUCUACAUCAGAACCAGCCCCUCAGAGCCGUCCAUGCCCCUGGAUGUGAGAACAUACUCUAACUCCUCUACCAACCUGGUGGUCCGCUGGUCUCCCCCUGCCUCCCCCAACGGGAACCACACCUAUUACCUGGUCCGCUGGCAGCAACAGGCUGAAGACAGAGAGCUAUACCAACACAACUACUGCUCUAAAGAACUGAAGAUCCCGGUCCGUAUAGCUGCUACCGGGUUGACUGACAUGGAGGAGGACCUGAAGCCUACUAAACCAGACGUUGGUGGGGGGGACAAGGGGCCGUGCUGUCCCUGUCCUAAAUCUGUAGGAGACCUGGAGGCAGAAGCAGCUGACGCUUCAUACAGAAAAGUCUUUGAGAACUUCUUACACAACUCUAUCUUUACCCCCAGACCUCCAGACCGGCGCCGUCGGGAUCUAUUUGGCGUGGCUAACCGUACCAUCCACCGUGGUGUGACCGCCUACCCUAACGCCACGUCACCUGACCUUUGGGCCAACGCUACAGAGGCAGAGUUAGCGGACAGGGAGUAUGACUUCGUAGAGUGGGCAGUCAGCGAGCGGGAGCUGCAGAUAUCCGGUCUGCAGCCGUUCACGGUUUACCGGAUCGACAUCCACGCCUGUAACCAACAGGUGAAACGCUGCAGCGCGGCAGAGUUCGUCUUCUCCAGGACCAAACCUGCAGAGAAGGCGGAUGACAUUCCAGGCCCAGUGAUCUGGACUGGAGAGGAUGAUUCUGUGUUCCUCCGCUGGCCUGAACCCUCGUCCCCCAACGCACUCAUCCUCAUGUAUGAGAUCAAGUUCAGACUGGGCACUGAGUCAGAGAAGCAUGAGUGUGUGUCUCGCCAGCUGUAUCGAGAGCAGCAUGGUGCCAGGCUCAGUAACCUUGGAUCUGGUAACUACUCUGCCCGGGUCAGAGCCACCUCCCUGGCUGGCAACGGAUCCUGGACUGAACCCAUCUCCUUCUAUGUAGUACAGGCCCAACGUUAUGAGAACUCUCUCUACAUCAUGAUCUUUGUUCCCAUGGUAGCAGUCCUGAUCAUCUGUCUCCUAGCCACGUUCACCAUCAUCAACAGGAAGAAGAACAGUGACAGACUGGGGAAUGGAGUUCUGUACGCAUCAGUCAACCCUGAAUACUUCAGCGCUGCAGAGAUGUAUAUACCAGAUGAAUGGGAGGUGUUGAGGGAGAAGAUCACGAUGAACAGAGAGCUUGGUCAGGGGUCGUUUGGCAUGGUGUACGAGGGCGUUGCUAAGGGAGUAGUCAAGGACGAGCCAGAGACGUGUGUGGCCAUUAAGACGGUGAACGAGUCUGCCAGCAUGAGAGAGAGAAUAGAGUUCCUCAAUGAAGCCUCUGUCAUGAAGGAGUUCAACUGUCAUCACGUGGUGCGUCUGCUGGGUGUGGUUUCCCAGGGCCAGCCCACCUUGGUCAUCAUGGAGCUGAUGACUAAAGGAGAUCUGAAGAGCCACCUGAGGUCACUACGGGCUAAAGAUCCGUCCCAGUCCUACAGUCUCAACCUCCCUCCUCUGAAGAAGAUUAUUCAGAUGGCUGGGGAGAUAGCUGACGGGAUGUCUUAUCUCAACGCUAACAAGUUUGUCCACAGAGACCUGGCCGCCAGGAACUGUAUGGUGGCAGACGACUACACCGUCAAGAUAGGUGAUUUUGGUAUGACCAGAGACAUCUAUGAGACAGACUACUACCGUAAAGGAGGAAAGGGGUUGCUGCCGGUCCGAUGGAUGUCCCCCGAGUCCCUUAAAGAUGGAGUGUUCACCACCACCUCUGAUGUCUGGUCUUUUGGGGUGGUGUUAUGGGAGAUAGCCACACUAGCAGAGCAGCCCUACCAGGGGAUGUCCAAUGAGCAGGUGCUGCGCUUCGUUAUGGACGGAGGACUGCUAGACAAACCAGACAACUGCCCAGACAUGCUGUUUGAGUUAAUGCGUAUGUGUUGGCAGUACAACCCUAAGAUGCGUCCGUCGUUUCUGGAGAUCAUUAACAGCAUCAAGGAGGAGCUGGACCCACCGUUCAGAGAGAUGAGUUUCUUUUACAGCGAAGAGAACAAGCUUCCAGACACAGAGGAGUUAGACAUGGAGGUAGAGAACAUGAAGAAUGUUCCUUUAGGCCCAGCUGCCUCUUCACGGCCCCCCAUCCCCUGCCCCCCCACCAGCUCCGGGUCCGCCCUGCCCAACCAGCCCCCUCCUCCCCCCUCCCAACAGACAUCAGCCUCCACGGCCCCCGACGAUCCAUUAACGCUGGGCUCCACCCCCCCUUCAGCCCAGUCCUCUGGGCAGGUUCAGCCCCAGGCUCCCUCGUCCCCCUGCUCCCCAGCCCUCGGGGCCACCAGCCAGGCCUGCUGCUCCCGAGUGGCCCCUGGCCCCUCCUCAGCCCAGAGCUCAGGGGCUUCAGGACAGGUGGAGUCCAACGGCCCGGAGGCGGUCGCCCAGGUCCUGCUGCGACCAGCCUUCAAUGGCUCACCGCCCUACGCACACAUGAACGGAGUGAGGAAGAAGGAACGUGCCAUGCCCCUCCCACAGUCCUCGGCCUGCUGAUCCUAGUGGACCUCUCUCCAUCCCUCAUCCCUCUUUUCUAAAGAGCUUGGUGGACUCCUCUGUGGUGGGACUCCUCUGUGGUGGGACUCCUACUUUUUCAUUCUGUUAUUGUAUUGACAUUUCUAUCAACUGCCUGAUAUAAAGCACCUCCUGCUGAGGCCUGCUGGGAGGACCCUGAACCACAACCUGAACAACUGUGUUUUUUACAUAUAUUCCUUUAGGCCCAGCUACCUUUAUAUAUAAAACGCAAGUCUGUUGUUCAGGAAGGUUUCUGGUUACCGCUACCAGUCAAAAGUUUGGACACACCUACUCAUUCAAGGGUUUUUCUUAAUGUUUACUAUUUUCUACAUUGUAGAAUAAUAGUGAAGACAUCAAAACCAA